UCCGAAUCCGGGAAGUUGUUGGGGGGGGAAACGCGAUCAACGGUUGGAGGUCGUCGACACGACGGGAACGACGCGAGGACAGCCGUGGCCCAUGGUCGAAACCACUUCGAGCCAACGCUUUACGAUCAAGUUACCCAUGCUGCAGCCACCGUCUCCGCUUCUGGAGAUGGCAUCCUUGCGACUACCGGACUCCGAGGAGUUCGACGUCGACACGCGUCGUAGGAGUAACAAUGGCAACGUGCCGGCGACGACCGUCGCGGCCGUUCCACCAGCCACCCUGCUACAGAUGAGAAACGAUUUCAGCAACUACCUGAACAACCUAAUCGCCGAGGCCAUCACGACCAACCCGAGGACGCCGAUGGACGAGCACGGAGGGUUGCUGAACGCCAGCAAAACGGUGAACCUCUCCACUGCCGAGCAAAUACCCGAUCGCCUCUACAGGCACAGCAUGGCCAUGUCCGCGGUCUAUUGUGUUGCCUACAUCGUGGUCUUUGUCGUUGGUCUGAUCGGCAACAGUUUCGUCAUAGCCGUGGUGUACCGGUCACCGCGCAUGAGGACUGUCACGAACUUCUUCAUCGUCAACCUCGCGGUGGCGGACGUCCUCGUCAUCGUGUUCUGUUUGCCCGCCACCUUGAUGAGCAACAUCUUCGUUCCAUGGUUUCUGGGAUGGUUCAUGUGCAAAGCAGUCGCUUAUAUACAGGGCGUUUCCGUAGCGGCCUCUGUCUACAGUCUUGUUGCAGUUUCCUUGGACAGGUUCUUGGCGAUUUGGUGGCCGCUGAAGUGUCAGAUCACGAAGAGGCGAGCCAGGAUGAUGAUAGUGGUGAUCUGGUUCAUCGCUCUGACGACAACGUCGCCGUGGCUGCUGUUCUUCGACCUGGUCGCCAUUUACGACGACGACCCAGAUCUUAGACUGUGCGUGGACGAGUGGCCUCACCCCGAAGACGGCGCGCUCUUUUUCCUCAUCGGCAACCUGACGCUCUGCUACGUUCUUCCGACGAUUUUGAUAUCCCUUUGCUACAUCUUGAUCUGGAUCAAGGUAUGGCGAAGGCAUAUACCCACCGACACCAAAGACGCCCAGAUGGAGAGGAUACAGCAGAAGUCGAAAGUGAAGGUCGUGAAGAUGCUGGUCGUGGUCGUGAUACUGUUCGUCCUCUCGUGGCUGCCGCUCUACGUGAUCUUCACGGUGAUCAAGCUGGGCGUGAACGUUGCCGAUCGAGAGGACGAGAUCCUUCAGAUCGCGACGCCGAUCGCCCAGUGGCUGGGCGCCAGCAACUCUUGCAUCAAUCCCAUUCUGUACGCGUUCUUCAACAAGAAGUACCGUCGCGGUUUCGUGGCGAUCCUGAAGAGCGGACGCUGCUGCGGCAAGAUCAGAUACUACGAGACGGUGGCCAUCAUGUCCUCCUCAACGAGCAUGAGGAAGUCGUCCUAUUACGUGAACAACAACAAUUCGUCGACGAGGCGGGCCUGCCAUGGGCCUCCCGUGCACCAGGACAGCAACGUUUCCUACAUAUUCAAUCACACUGGCGUCUAAG